CCUGGUCUUACCGCAGUUUGCUUGCAGCCCCGGAGUUCCUCUUUCGUAGCUCGACUUGGUGUCCUCGGUUUUUUGCUUGCUUUUAUGAUUCAGGGCUUCACAUUACCCCCUCGACAUUGCAGGCCUUCCGCUUUCCUCCCUCUCUCUCCCCAGACUACCACGAAGCAGGGUUAAAACUGGUUAUUCCCUCUUCCUUCAUACAGUCUCGUAGCCCUGUGCCGUGUGGGAAACGCAGGUGAAGUUUCCUCUUAUUCCAGAGCUCAUGGUCUGAGGGCCCGUCGUAAACAUUGAAGUCUCCCUUUGUGAAAGCCCUUUUUUAUUUUGUGAGGUCCUGGGGGAAUAGGCCACGACGGUGUAGUGUCAUUACACUGUUGCUAAUUAUGCCCGACGUCGUUCAAGUCUGUUUACGUUCUAUGUUGUUAUUUCUCACAACGCACGAUCUCCUCUUGGUUCUGUAAGCAAAUUGCCAAUUAAAGGGACUCAAACUUGCUAAGGGUUGGAUUGGGCCUUAGUGUAUUUAGUAAGGAUUGGUCAGGUUUUGGACUUCCAAGGCUAUGUAACCUAUGUAGAACGAACAUUGGUUGAACUUAACCAUAGCUAGUCCAUAAGGAACUCCUGUUUCCUUAAUUCUUGAUUCAUUAAGUGGUGAUUAGAAGCUUCUCAGUGAAUGUUGCACAUUUUUGAGUAGUGGCCUAUAGAAAUGGAUUCCUCCUCUCAGCAAUGUGUUUUGAAGAACCACGUUGGUUAAGUCACAUUUCAACUGGAUCUAAUUUUGAGGAUUUCGUUAGGGUAUUGUUUGGUGAAAGUAUCAUGGAAGUUCUGCGCCCACAGCUUGUAAGAAUUGGCGGACGGAUUUAUAGAAAAAAUCCCAUCCAAGAACAGACCUAUCAACAUGAAGAAGAAGAUGAAGACUUCUAUCAAGGCUUCGUGGAGUGUGCAGAGGAGCCCUGUGAUGCUUAUGAGGUGGUGCAGACCCAGCAAGGUUUCCGGUGUACCGUGAAGGCCCCCAGCUUGCUCUACAAGCAUAUAGUCGGAAAAAGAGGGGACACUAGGAAGAAACUGGAAGUGGAAACCAAAACUUCUAUUAGCAUUCCUAAGCCUGGACAAGAAGGAGAAAUUGUAAUCACUGGCCAGCAUCGAAGUGGUGUUAUUUCAGCUCGAACUCGGAUUGAUGUUCUUUUGCUCACUUUUAGAAGAAAGCAACCCUUCACUCAUUUCCUUGCCUUUUUCCUCAAUGAAGUUGAGGUUCAGGAGCGAUUCCUAAAGUUCCAGGAGGAAGUACUGGAGAAGUGCUCCAUGGAUCAUGGGGUUGACAGCACCAUUUUCCAGAAUCCCAAAAAGCUUCACCUAACCAUUGGGAUGUUGGUGCUUUUGAGUGAGCAAGAGAUCCAGCAGACAUGUGAGAUGCUACAGCAGUGUAAAGAGGACUUCAUUGAUGACAUUUCUGGGGGCAAACCCUUAGAAGUAGAGAUGGCAGGGAUAGAAUACAUGAACGAUGAUCCUGGCAUGGUGGACGUUCUUUAUGCCAAAGUCCAUAUGAAAGAUGGCUCCAACAGGCUGCAAGAAUUAGUCGAUCGAGUGCUGGAACGCUUUCAGGCAUCUGGACUAAUAGUUAAAGAGUGGAAUAGUGUGAAACUCCACGCGACGGUGAUGAACACUCUAUUCAGGAAGGACCCCAAUGCUGAAGGCAGGUACAAUCUCUAUACAGCUGAUGGCAAAUACAUCUUCAAGGAAAGAGAAUCAUUUGAUGGGCGAAACAUUUUAAAGCUCUUUGAGAACUUCUACUUUGGUACCCUGAAGCUCAAUUCAAUUCACAUCUCUCAGAGGUUCACGGUAGACAGCUUUGGAAACUACGCUUCCUGUGGGCAAAUUGACUUCUCCUGAGGUGGAUCUUGGGAAGUGCUAGAAGUUGAACAUCCUCACCGGGUCUGCCUUUCUUUCUGAAGGUCUUCUCUGGAAUUGUACGUCUCAAGCCCAUUGGAGCUGAGAUUCACGUUAUUUCUUAUACACCUAUGGAUUUUCCUACAGCCAUUAAACUCUUUCAUAGUAGUACUUUAAAAGAGAA